UUAUACAAGAAAAGUAUUAGAACGCUUUGGCAUGCAAGAUUGUAAACCCGUUUCAGCACCGAUUGUUAAAGAUUGUAUUCAAUCAGAGAACGAAUCCAAAAUGGAUUUGAAUACAACUUUUCCAUACAGAGAGGCGGUUGGGGCUCUUAUGUAUCUAAUGACAGGUACUAGACCAGACAUUGUUUAUGCAAUCAGUGUUGUUUCCAGGUCGUUAGAAGAUCCCAGCAAUCAUAAUUGUAUCUAAGUAAAACGAAUACUUCGAUACCUCAAAGGAACAACAGAUUACGGUAUAACGUACAAAACAACCAGAAUGGAUGGCCUGAGAAGUUUUAGUGAUGCUGACCAUGGCGGUGAUGAAACAACAGGACGUUCAACAACAGGUGUUAUUUGUAUAUGUAUGCUGGCGGUGCGAUAUCUUGGCUCAGUCAACGACAAACUUCAGUUGCUAUUUCCUCAACGGAAGCUGAGAUAGUAGCUGCAAGUGAAGCUUCCCGUGAACUGGUUUGGUUGAAACAGCUAUAUGAAGAAUUUUUGGAUAUGGAAUGUAAUCCAGUAUUGAUGGUCGAUAACCAAGCUGCAAUACACUUGCCCCAAAAUCCGGAAUAUCACAGACGUACCAAACAUAUUCAUAUAAGACAUUUCUUUGUAAGGGAACUGGUCUUGAAUGGUGCUAUUUCAAUUAAAAAAAUAGCAUCAGAACACCAAGUAGCAGAUACACUUACCAAACCGUUGUUCAAGCCAAGAUUGAAUAUUUUACGACAAAAAAUGGGAUUGAACAAAUUAUUCGAUGAGAGAGGGUGUUGAAAAACCACCAUUUUCAUAAUUUGUUAAUUUGUUUUCGUCCACAUUGUAUAUGUUUAUAGGUAGUUAAGAGAUUAAUUUUGACAUAAUAAAAGUACGAGUUGAGUUGUCUAAAAUCAAUACAUUCAUUCAAGAGUUUACUUGAGAUAUUCCCUCUACCCCGUAAAGGGGGCCAUGUAUGUGAAAAAAUCAAAAGGCUUCCGAAGAGGAGGCGAACUUGAAAAAUUGUAAUGAAUGAUGAGCAAGAAGAAAAAGUUGGAUUGUUGUAUAUUUUGAUACCCAGGUAUAUAUGGUUUUUUGCUAGAUUCAUUAAAUGCAUUUUGUAUUUAUUCAGUUUCAUUUGUUACAGGCUUUGUCUAUAUUUUGUUCAAAAUUCGCUAUUAAAUCCAAAGAAAUGGAGUGAUACACUGAAAAAUGUGUUCACUGAAGGAAACAUUGAAAUACUAGGGAUAUACAAGAAUUGGACAGUUCAAAAAAUUCUCCAGCAGAAGAAGGCAGUUUAUAAAGGUGUUAAAUCCGAUAGAUGUUUAGUAGAAAUUUUGAACAUGUCAGCAUCCAAUGGUUAUUGUUACAUUAGCAAUAUUUGUUCCGAAAUGAUGUUGGAUGUUUUUCGAAUAGACACAGGAUAUUUAUUAACCCACAGUUUACUAUUUUCAGUUGUGUUAUGUGGAAUGGAAGGUUACUCAGAGUUUAUAUCUGAAGAAUGGAUAAGUGAAGUAAUAAGAUGGCAAAAUCCACAUGGUUGCUAUGAAAGCAUUGCAAAAAACAAAUCGAAGAGGACAAGUACACUCAUAGACUAUGGAUGUUCUGAUCAUUCAACAGGAUUGGGAGCUGCCGCCCUAGCUCUGUAUUACAGAUAUUUUCAUAACACAAGUUUCCAAAAUCAUUACAAUACAUUAUAUUCGAAAUAGAUAAACGUAAUGUUAGGAAUAUAUGUCAUGAAUCUUGAACUAAUGAUUUUAAAAAAUUGUUAUCAAAUUAUGAAUAUAAAAAAAUACAGCGAAA